UUUCUGAAUUAAUUACCAUUUGUCGCAAAAAACUGCGCGUCCUUUAUCUUUUCUAGGCCAAAAAUCUUUCAUCUCGUUGCUGAUUGUAAUAUAAAGUGAAUCAAAUGGCUUCAGACGAAGAAGUAGACGGCUCUUUCGCAGGGGACGAGGACGUGGAGGAAGGUGAGGGUCACAACGAGAACUCUGGAGAAAGUGAUGAGGCUCCACCAAAGGAGGAUGAUGACUAUUCACCAGAAGACAGUAGAAAAAAGAAGAAAGGCAAGAAAAGAAAGGCACGUGGAGAAGACAAGAAAGGCAGAAAGAAAAAGAAGAAGCGGAGGAAUGAGAGUGAAGAAGAUGAAGACUUUGGAGUUGAGAUGGAGGCGGAGGGCGAUAGCGAUUACGCUCUCAGCGCUAUGUCCUCCUCUAAGAAAUCCCGCAAAGGACGUGGGAGCAAACACACCGCACCCGCGGCGUUCACGGCUUCCGAUUCUGGAUCUGGAAUGCCCACAGUGGAAGAAGUAUGCUCCUCAUUCAGUCUCACAGAUGUGGAUAUACAGUACUCUGAUGCGGACUUAGAAAAUUUGACUUCUUACAAGCUGUUCCAGCAGCAUGUUCGCCCUUUGCUUGUUAAAGAAAACCCCAAAGUGCCAGUGUCAAAACUAAUGAUGCUAGUGGCGGCAAAAUGGCGCUUAUUCUGCGAGACCAACCCACAUCUGAGUGGGGGCAACCAGAUGGGCUCAGAGGAGAAUACCAACACCUCCACCACUUCGGACUAUACGCCAAAGGCUAGACCGGGUCGCCCGCCUAAAGAACCUAAGAACGACGAAGUUGUAGAAGAACAGGAGGAGGAGGAGGAAGACGAAGAACCAAGUGAUGAAGACACGCCGGCGCCGCGUAAACGAGGACGCAAGGCCAAACACGGAACCGCGCCGCGAGGCAAACCAGGUCGGAAACCUAAGGUGCCCACGCUCAAGAUCAAGUUCAGCAAGAGAAAACGCACUAGCAGUGAAGAAUUUAGCGCCGGUGCGAACACAGACUCGGAUGCGGAGUUUGAGCAAAUGUUAGCAGAAGCGGAUGAGCCUAAAGCCACCACAGCAGCAGCGGCGACUGACGAGCCCGCUUUGCAGCCAAAAGAGGACGACCCCAACGCGCCGCCACAGCCUAAAAAGAAAGCUAAGACCAAGAUCGGAAAUAAAAGCAAGAAAAAGAAGAAGCUCAAGACUACCAGUAAGUUCCCUGACGGAGCUGAAGGGGAACAGGAACAUCAGGAUUAUUGUGAGGUGUGCCAGCAAGGCGGAGAGAUAAUUCUGUGUGACACUUGCCCACGCGCCUACCAUCUCGUGUGCCUGGAGCCCGAGCUGGAGGAGACCCCCGAGGGCCGUUGGUCCUGCCCCCACUGUGAGGCCGAAGGGAACCAGGACCAAGAGGAUGAGGAUGAGCACCAGGAGUUCUGCAGAAUCUGCAAAGAUGGCGGCGAGCUGCUGUGCUGCGACUCGUGUCCGUCGGCGUACCAUCGCCAUUGCCUCAAUCCGCCCCUGGAUGAAGUCCCCGACGGCGAAUGGCGUUGUCCUCGAUGUAGCUGCCAACCUCUAGAAGGCAAAGUGGGAAAGAUCCUGACAUGGCGGUGGAAGGAGCAGCCGGCAAAGUCGAAGGCGCCACGAGCGAGAGAAUUCUUCGUCAAGUGGCACGAGAAGUCCUAUUGGCAUUGUAGCUGGAUCUCUGAGUUACAGUUGGACGUGUUCCACCCUCUUAUGUACCGCUACUAUAUGCGUAAGUCCGACCCCGAAGAACCGCCGAAGUUGGAAGAACCGUUGGAUGAACGCGACGGCCGCUAUAAACGCUUACAGAAAGAUAAAGCCAAAGAUGACGACACGGAUGAGAAAGUGCUAGAAGAGCAAUUUUACAGAUACGGAGUUAAACCAGAGUGGCUCAUUGUGCACCGCGUGAUAAACCAUCGCACAUCUCGGGACGGCACCACUUAUUACUUGGUAAAAUGGAGAGAUCUAUCUUACGAUCAGGCCACAUGGGAGUCCGAGCAUGCAGACAUCGCUGGCCUUAAACAAGCAGUAGAUUACUAUCAGGAUAUGCGCGCAUUCAUAACAUCUGAAGGCAAGACUAAAAGCAAAGGAAAGAAACCAGGUCGCAAAAGUAAGAAUAGGGAAAACAUCGAUGAGGACGAAAGCAGCAGCGGUUUGUCCACGAAACCCAGGCGCUAUAACCCUCCACCAGACCGCCCAACCACCAAUCUAAAUAAGAAAUACGAAGAUCAGCCUGCCUUUGUAUAUGAGACUGGAAUGCAGCUACACCCCUAUCAACUCGAGGGUCUUAACUGGCUCCGCUAUUCUUGGGGCCAGGGUAUUGACACCAUAUUGGCCGACGAGAUGGGUCUCGGAAAAACCAUCCAAACAGUCACAUUCUUGUACUCCCUCUUCAAAGAGGGGCACUGCAAAGGACCAUUUCUCGUUUCCGUGCCUUUGUCUACUAUCAUCAAUUGGGAAAGAGAGUUCGAGUUGUGGGCCCCCGAUUUGUAUUGCAUCACUUAUGUCGGUGACAAAGAUUCUCGUGCAAUUAUCAGAGAAAACGAGCUGACGUUUGAUGAUGGCGCAAAUAGAGGCGGCAGACCCUCCAAGAUUAAGUCUCAAGUUAAGUUCAACGUGCUUCUCACAUCUUACGAGUUGAUAUCUAUAGAUUCUACUUGUCUCGGCUCCAUCGAGUGGUCAGUCUUGGUCGUCGAUGAAGCUCACAGAUUGAAGAGUAAUCAAUCAAAGUUCUUCAGACUUUUGGCUGGUUAUCAUAUUAACUACAAGUUACUACUGACUGGUACACCCCUGCAAAAUAACCUCGAGGAAUUGUUCCAUUUGUUGAAUUUCUUAAACAAGGACAAAUUCAACGAUCUAGCGGCAUUCCAAAAUGAAUUUGCUGACGUUUCUAAGGAAGAACAGGUCAAGAGGCUUCACGAAAUGUUGGGACCACACAUGUUGCGGCGUCUUAAAGCUGAUGUGCUCAAGAAUAUGCCGACGAAAUCAGAAUUUAUUGUUCGCGUUGAGUUGUCUCCAAUGCAGAAGAAAUACUAUAAAUACAUUCUGACUAGGAACUACGAGGCUUUGAAUCCAAAAAGCGGUGGACAAACAGUUUCUCUGCUAAACGUAAUGAUGGACUUAAAAAAAUGCUGCAACCAUCCUUAUCUUUUCCCUGUAGCGGCCGAGGAGGCUCCUUUAGGUCCUCACGGCAACUACGACACUCAGGCUCUAAUUAAAGCUGCAGGAAAAUUAGUGUUAUUGUCUAAAAUGUUGAAACUACUCAAGGAACAAGGUCACAGAGUGCUCAUCUUCUCACAGAUGACGAAAAUGUUGGAUAUCCUUGAAGAUUUUCUUGAAGGCGAGGGCUACAAAUAUGAGAGAAUUGACGGUGGAAUUACUGGUACAAUCCGUCAAGAAGCUAUCGACAGAUUCAAUGCUCCUGGCGCACCGCAGUUCGUAUUCUUACUAUCAACCAGAGCUGGUGGUCUUGGUAUUAACUUGGCCACAGCUGAUACUGUCAUAAUUUACGAUUCUGACUGGAAUCCCCACAAUGAUAUCCAAGCCUUCUCGCGUGCUCAUCGUAUCGGUCAGGCCAACAAAGUCAUGAUCUACCGUUUUGUCACUCGUAACAGUGUGGAAGAAAGAGUAACACAAGUAGCGAAAAGAAAGAUGAUGCUUACGCACUUGGUCGUACGCCCCGGCAUGGGUGGCAAGGGUGCUAAUUUCACAAAGCAAGAAUUAGACGAUAUUUUGAGAUUUGGUACAGAAGAAUUAUUUAAAGAAGAAGAGGGUAAAGAAGAAGCCAUUCACUAUGACGACAAAGCGGUUGGCGAGUUGUUAGAUCGCUCGAAGGAAGGUAUUGAACAGAAAGAAUCUUGGGCAAACGAGUACCUUAGCUCUUUCAAAGUGGCGAGCUAUUCUACUAAAGAAGGGGAUAAUGAAGAAGAAGUUGACACUGAAAUUAUCAAACAGGAAGCAGAAAAUACUGACCCGGCUUACUGGAUAAAACUUCUCAGGCAUCAUUAUGAGCAACAUCAAGAAGACCAGGCUAGAACUCUUGGCAAAGGCAAACGUGUCCGUAAACAGGUUAACUAUAACGAUGGUAGUGUGGCCCAAACGGAAAACAGAGAGGACUCCACGUGGCAAGACAAUGGAUCCGAUUUCAACUCCGAUUUCUCACAGGGCAGUGAGGAUGAUAAGGAAGAUGACGAUUUCGAUGAGAAGAAUGACAACGGCGACCUACUCAGUCGUCGGAGCAAAAGACGCCUCGAGAGACGCGAAGAGCGUGACAGGCCUUUGCCUCCUCUACUUGCCAGAGUCGGUGGCAAUAUGGAAGUUCUCGGCUUUAACGCUAGGCAAAGAAAGUCGUUUCUCAAUGCUAUCAUGCGGUACGGCAUGCCGCCUCAGGACGCUUUCAACUCACAAUGGUUAGUAAGAGAUCUCAGAGGAAAAUCGGAACGCAAUUUCAAAGCCUACGUAUCUUUGUUCAUGCGUCAUCUUUGUGAACCCGGUGCGGACAACGCUGAAACCUUUGCCGAUGGCGUGCCUAGGGAAGGUUUAUCCAGACAGCAUGUAUUGACACGGAUCGGCGUUAUGAGCUUGAUAAGAAAGAAAGUGCAGGAGUUCGAGCAUAUCAACGGGUACUACAGCAUGCCCGAAUUGAUCCGUAAACCAGUGGAACCAGUGAAGAUUGCCGGCGCCAACGAGAGCGCCGCACCCAGUCCGGCUCCAUCCACCGCCACACCCAUUACUUCCGCUGCGCCUUCUCCCGCCCCCACACAAGCCACACAAGCUUCGGGCCAAGCACCCACGCCUGGUGGUUCUGAAAAGGACGAUAAGGAAGAAACAAAAGACGACAAAUCCGAUAAAGAGAUGAAAGUUAAAGACGAAUUGAUGGACGUCAGUGAUAUUAAGGACGAGAAUGAGAUCAAAUCAGAGGAGAAGGAACAGCUUAAAGAAAUGAGCGAGGAGCCUAAAGAUUCUGAAAGACGUAUGUCUGUUGACGAGGAACCUCCUAAGGAAGAGAAGGGAGAGAAGUCUGAUGAGAAAAAAGUAGAAGACAAAGAUGCUGAGAAAGUCAAAGAAGAGUCUAAAGAGGACGCCGACAAAAAAGACGACGCCAAGAGCGAUAAGGCGGAGUCUGAAAGUUCAGAAAAGCCCAAGGAGGAAAAGAAAGACGACGAUGACGAUGACGUCGUUCUAGUUAAAGAGGAAGAAGAUCUCAAAGUAGAGCGACGCAAAUUCAUGUUCAAUAUUGCUGACGGUGGAUUCACGGAGCUCCACACGCUCUGGUUGAAUGAAGAGCGCGCAGCAGCGCCCGGCAGGGAAUACGAGAUAUGGCACAGGCGGCACGAUUACUGGCUGUUGGCCGGCAUAGUAACCCACGGGUAUGGCCGCUGGCAGGACAUUCAGAACGACUUGCGUUUUGCAAUCAUCAACGAGCCGUUCAAGAUGGACGUCGGAAAAGGGAACUUCCUGGAGAUCAAGAACAAGUUCCUUGCUCGUCGCUUCAAGUUGUUGGAGCAAGCUCUAGUAAUCGAGGAGCAGCUGAGGCGAGCCGCGUACCUGAACCUAACGCAGGACCCGAACCAUCCUGCGAUGUCGCUGAAUGCGCGCUUUGCCGAGGUCGAGUGCCUCGCAGAGUCGCACCAGCACCUCAGCAAGGAGUCUCUCGCUGGAAACAAACCCGCCAAUGCUGUAUUGCAUAAGGUGCUGAACCAGUUGGAGGAGCUGUUGUCGGACAUGAAGUCAGACGUGUCGCGACUGCCGGCCACUUUGGCGCGCAUCCCUCCUGUGGCGCAGCGCCUGCAGAUGUCCGAGCGCUCCAUCCUCUCGCGCCUUGCCGCCACUGCCGGCAACCCGCCACCCACUGCUCAACUGGGACAGUUCCCGGGAGGGUUCCAACCUGGUGGGACGCUGCCCGGCUUCUCCCCGGCGGCUGCGGCGGCGGCUAACUUCUCCAACUUCCGCCCGCAGUACUCCGUACCCGGACAGCCCACUUCUACCGCCUCCUCUAAUAAAUCGUAAGCUCGCGUAAGUUAUACACCGCAAAUCAACUUGACACUAGCAGUGAGCGGCUAAUGGUCACAUAGAUAAAAUAUUCUAGAUUAAGCUUCCAAGAUUCCUGUUCCACCUUGAGUUUUAAAGUGAUUAGAACAGUUACAUAGUGAUUAGAACAGUUAUGUUAAGUAACAUAAUUAUUAUUAUACUGUCAUUUUAAACCUGAACUCACAAUAUUAUUUAUUUCAUCCUGAUCUGUAUGAAUCUUUGUAUUGUAUAAGUGAUUGUGGACUUAUGAAAUCUUUAUUUUUAAUUUACCAAAAAUGAAAAUUGAAAUAAAUCG